CCUGCCCCCCCGCGAGUUCGAUUCGAUGCCUUGAUGUACAAGAAGUACGGCAUUCGGAGGGACCAACUUGACAAACUCCACAACGACAUGCUGCGGAAGGCAAGCAGCUUGGGUACGAUGAACCCAGCCCACAUACACGCCAUCCCCCGAGUGCCAUCCUCCUGCUACACUUGCUUUUCGCCCUGCAGUUACGAGCUGCGAGAAUUGACAUACGACUGGGUGGACGGCGUGCCCGACACGCUCUUCGACGGCGCCAAACUCUCAUUCGGUAAAACAUGACCCACAACACUUCCACACGGGCUCCUGUUCAUUCUGUCUGCUGUCAUUCAAAUCAAUGCAGUGUCUCUGCCCCAGGGAAAGAAGCAUCCCGAUACGAACGAGAAACUGGUCCUCCGUCCCUUCAGCAUUGCAGCUGGUGAGAAGCGGCAGGAGCACGAGACCAACAUUGACCAACAGACACUCGCUGGCUUUCAGCUGGCAAUGCAACAAUUCCAGGCGCAGGGCUGCCGCCGCUGCCCCUGCUGCCGGCCCAUAGACGGACUUCACUUCAUGGGCCGCCGCCCAAGACGCCAAAAAAACAAAAAGCGGCAGCAACAGACAGAGGGGGAGGCGAUGGGAUGGUAGGGGAUGCGAUGGCAGCGAGGAAGGGCACGAUGCCUGCACAGGGCCUGCAUCGCUGCCUGCAUUCUAUAUUUCCAUGUCUCUUUCACUGGAACACGUGAGGAACGCUUUUCUGUCUCGAUGUCUGCACAGGCUCAGUGCGGCUGAGUGCCCCAGAUAAUCGUUGCCUACACUUUAUAUCGUUGGUGCGUCUGUUCCCUUGGUCCGACCCCGCAAAGGACACAUGAGUGUGUCAUAGUUAUGCGAACUCGUUACCAUGCCAUUCAUUGUAAGCAGACGUCAUUACAUGUAUGUGCUCGGGGCAUCCACCACGAUGCCUGUGAUCCUACGUCUGCGUCUUAUGUUUUGCCAAGUCAUGGAUGACUCUGCUUGCUGACGUGUCUCGGUGCGUUCAUAAAGUCAGUGCGCUUAAGGCC